AUAAAGCAUAAAGCUGCUUUCAAGGUAACUUGACACUACGGAUCAUAGUUUUAUAUCAACCAAGCUAAGAGUGGUUGUAGAUCUCUACCAGCGGAAAAUCCAAGAAGUUUGUGGACGUCGAUCUUGCAGAUACGCCAAUAGAUGAGUUGGAAGCUAUUUCACCAAAAAACAGUCGAAGAGCAACAACAGGAAUGCGCUUGUCGAGUGAUGUACCUUCGCCAGUCUCAGGUACGUAGCUUCACUAGCUUCGUUAUCAUAUGCUUCAGUUGGAUGAAUGACAUGCAUCGACCCGCCGUUGGAAAAAAGGAGGGAGAUGUGAUCAUGAAGCGGGAGAGUUUCAGGGUAAUGAUGAGGCCAUUCCAGUACGAAAUCAAACAGAGGGAACGUCUUGCUUUUAGAGAGGAUAGCGGCAUUUAAUUAUUUGAACAGGGAGGUAGACAGACACUCACACUAGUAUACUUAUUAUUCAAACCCCUCCCCCAUCAUAGCUAUCAUGGAUCACCCGGAUCAUACGACGGAGCCUUCAAUCGAUAUAUGGCAAGCAGCAAAGGUAGCUGACGUCUCUGCAUUAAGGUAUCAUCUCUAUCAUUCGAAAAACGCUCGCGAGUUUGUGAAUCAAAGAGACCAUGAGCAGGAUUCUACACUACUGCACAUACUUUGCUCGCAGAAUCGCCAGCCAUUCCAAGCACUUCAGGUUCUCCUGGAGUAUGGAGCCGACCCAACUGCGCGCAAUAUAUAUGGAGUUCAAGCGCUACAUAGUGUUUGCUUAAAUUGUCCAACACCUCUAGAAUCAAUUCGAUUAUUGCUCAAGUAUGGCGCUACGCCGAACGCCAAGGAUGGGGAUGGCUGGACGCCUUUACACUACACUGCAAGAUUUUGUCCCGAGCCGUUGCAAUCCAUCAUGCUUUUAGUCGGAGCUGGAGCCAAUAUCAAUGCGACAGAUGCGUCCAACAAAACCCCCAUGUUUUGCCUCCUUGCUAAUGGAGACUUUCAUGUCAUUGUACAAUGGAUGCUUGCCAGCGGUGCAGAUACCACCAUCACUGGAGAGUUCCUGGAUCAGAAAACCGGAAAAACACGACUUGGAACUGUUUUAUCUCAGGCGACCAAAUACACCCGUUUAGAGAGCGCUACCAUUAUGCUUCAAACAACGGUCAGCAAAGAUGCCAUCAAGCAAGCUAUCAAGGUAGCGGAGAGCAGAGAGGUAACGCUUCGAAACAAAGACGCAGAUGAAAAGCAAUCAGAAGCACAAAUGAAAGCAUUGGAGAGACUAUUAAUUAUCAGAAGCAUGCUGGAAGCACGCUUGAACAAGGAUACUGUUACUCAUCGGAAGCGCACUAGUUUUUUCCAAUUCAUCAAUUCUAGCUUUCGCAAAGAGAAAACUGCGACGGUAACCAUUCAAUAACACUAUGUCAAUGACCGUGAAAAGUAAAAUAUAUCCAAAAAAAAAUAUGAUCUGUACAAGUUGUCUCGUGGGUAAAUGAGAAGUGGGGUACACCAAUUAUUUUGGCGUGCCUUGCUUCACAUAAGGAGGUACGAUGACAAAUGUUUGGUCUCAUGGGGUGAGCUUGAGCAAAU